AUGUUACGAAACAAGUGGUGGAAAGAACCUCUAGUAUCGAGCAUUCGUUACCGGGAACAUAUUGCCGCAAUUAAAGCCGAAGCGGCGACGAUCGUGGCAGCGGCGCGUAAGGAUUUAGAGGAACGCACCAAAGCGCAGGAAGCGGCGAAAAACGCAAAAACCCCGGAUGAGCUUCAGGCGCUUAUCAAUAGCAGGCUGAAGAGCAGUAUGGCCGGUCGUGCGUCUGUUUUGGCGCAGUCCCCGCCGACGCCGAACGGGAAGCCUGUGGCGUCAUCCGCUUCUGUGAAAGCAGAGGCUGCCGCAGUUGUUGCUACGGCGCAGCGCGAGCGCAAUGAAAGAAUUGCUGCUCAAAAGGCUGUCAAGACCGCAUCGCCGGAAGAGAUACAAGCAAUGAUUAAUGCCAGACUCUCUGGGCGGUAG